AAGAUCAGUCCAACCCUCUCUCACUAAUGAACACAGGCUUAGCCGGGAACCUCAGUGUCGUGUUGAUCUCAGAUUUCGAAAUGAAGCUGUGUCACAGAGUUGAGUAGUGGAGGCAAAUGAAACGCUAACAUGUUGAACAACCUCAUGCUGAAGAUCCUGGUGCAGGUCCUAGUCCUAUUGGGCUCGGCACCGACUUGUGUGGCCUCUUCACUGGGACUGUCUGUCCAUGUUGUGCCUCUGGAGAGUGAAGCUGGAAGAAAGGUUCGGGCCCAUUUUACAGCCAUUGCUCCACAACCAUGUCCACCUUUAACUGGACUCUGUGCUGAAAGUGAAGACUGUGAGGUUCACAAAACUUCAACACCUUUUACUGGCAGCAAACCGGACUCAGGCUGGUGUGUCCGCCAGUGGGAGAAGACUGUGUCCAGUCAGUACAGCGGCACCAUCAGUUUAGGGUCAAGUACUGGUGUGUUUGUGAAGAUUAAAGCCGACCCACACAUCAGAGCAAACAACAGAAGACUAAAUCAGCCUCCCUUUGUUGCUCUCUUUCCUCCCCUCAGGGUGCACGAGAACUGUCCUAGUUACUUUCCCCUGACGGUCAAAGACUUGGAUGGAGACAAGGUCAAGUGUCGGUUUGCACAGGCUGACCAAGGAGAGUGUUUGAACUGUGCCCCGCACCUGUUCAUACAGCUGGAUGAGGAAAAGUGCGUGUUAACAUUCAAUGGACAAGCUCCGGCAGGACAGUAUUUCAUCUAUCUGAUGGCUGAGGACCGGAUUCCUAUUCCAAAACAAAGGGUGCAGGUCCCCCAGGAUCCCCUCAGCAGUGUUCCUGUGCACCUUUCACUUACUGUGGAGAAAACGUCUUCUGGCUGUCAAGCUGUGCCUGAGGCAACGGGUAGGACUCCCAAAAAGCACUCCACCUUUUAUGUGCUACCGUAUGAGGAUGUCCAAUUCAAAGUCCACUUCUCGUCACAACAAGAGAAGAUCGAGGAGUUUGCAGUUGUUGGACCCCUCACCCUUUCUAGGACUGGCUUUAAUUCGGAAGCUUCAGAAGCCAGCAUGACUAUGUCCUGGGUCCGUGCUGACAACACUCUUCCUCGCCUAUUGUCUGUUUGCUUCGCUGCAAACACUAAAAGUCUGCAGUCACCACCCAUUUGUGUGUGGCUACAUCAGCGGGAACUGCGAGUGCUGCCGCCUGGGACAGAACUGACUUGUAACAAUAUGGAGAUGAAGUUGGUUCUUCCUAUUGCAACUUUAAGUAACAUCAACCUCGAGGAGCUGCAACUGAACAGCCCAGACUGCCCCAUCGAAAAUGAUGGCACAUAUCUGACUGCACGGAUCUCCUUAGUCGGCUGUGGGACAAAAACUGUGGCUUCAGGAACAGAACUGAUUUACACUAACACGUUGCAAAGCGUCCGUCCAUGGACUAUUGUCAGCCGCAAGCCAUCCUUCAUCCUCCCUCUGGCUUGCAGGAUCCCUGGGGUUCAGGCCAGCGGUCCAUGGAGCAGCUCCCUCUUGCCAACGGAAGAGGAAACAUUCGGUAAAUUGACAUUCUGGAUGGAAGUGCACCUGCCAGGUGAAGGUCCUUUUGCGCCAUUCACCCGUACGCCAGUUUUCCGCACCGUCCCAAGGUUUGGCAGGGCGCACCGGGGCCUUGUAUUCAAAGGCAAUGACACAGACAACACCACCAUCAGUCAAUUGUCCAUUGGAUCCAAACUUAACUAUUUAGACCUCACCAUAUUGUGCAACACCUCCUUUGAAAGCGCUGAGAUGGUUGUUGAUGAUUGUAUGCAGUCUCUGUCAGAGGACAUGAGCCAAUCUACCCCCAUUCUGCAGAAUGGUUGUGUGUCAGAGACGGAAGCAGCAGAGAUUGAGACAACAGUAAGCUACAGCAAAGUCUAUCGCAUGGAUUUAAGCGACCUGCCAUCGACAAACAAGCGAAUGUACGUCGAGUGUCUCGUCAGUCUUUGCAUUGCCACUCUUCCCUCUCUGAAGUGUCCUGAUCGGUGCACCAGGGAACGCUCAAACAGCAAUAUUCUCAGUAGCCUGUUUACCAAGACGUACACCAUUAAGUCAGGACCUGUCAGUCUUUUCGUCACCACUCCUGCACCCAAGGUAGCCACCGUCGCUGGGACGAAGACCACUCAAUCGGCCCCUGCUGUGGCAGGCGCCACUCCAUCAACUGCUCAGAAAACCACAACUACCUCUAGUGCUGAAGAAAGAAGUUCAGUUACCAUACUUGGGAUCAUUUUGCCCAUCGUGUGCAUUCAACUGCAAUGGAUCUUUUUCCCCUGAACGACGUGGAAACUAACAAAGUGUGUUUAAUCCAAAUAUGUUUCUACUAUGAAUUAGUCCCGGAGAUGUCUUUGCUUUUAUCUAUCCUAAUCGUUUUCAUCUCUGGAGUUUGCUCAAAAUUAUUCUCAAUUAUUAAAGCUUCAGACUGAAACUUGGCUGAGUGCUCUCAUCCAAUGGUCAAAGUUAAAAUGACACUAUUCCUCUAAGUUGUUUUCUAUGUUUGGUAGCACAUUGUAUCCAAUAUGUCUGUGUCAUGUGUCUGGACAACACUCUUUCUAAUUAAUAAAAAGCACACGUAA